AUGUCGUACACGCUCUCGCAUGAAUCCCUGGGCGCCAAGCUUACCGGCGUAGAGCUCCCUUCCGUGCUACAGUUCCGUGGCGUACCCCGUGGCAGGACCCCAGCCCGUUUCGCCAAGCCGGUGUCUGUAGAAGACCUGCCACUUGAACUGGACUGUACCAAGUUUGGAUGGGUUAUCGACUUGAGCUUUGCGUCUUCGACUAGACCCCGCUGUCCCCAGGUUCCGGUGGAUGUGGGCCAUCUACUUCGGCUGCCCGCAUCCCACACUAUGCCCCACGAGCCCGAGGAUGAGUUCGCAUGCCUCAAUCUUGAUGUCUUGGUCUCAAAGCCAAAGAACACCUCACCGCUAUCCGCGCAGAGAUUGUCUGUGUUUGUCUGGAUACAUGGUGGGUCACAGGCCAUGACCUUUGGCAACUUUGCAUCCGGCGUCUGCGAUAUGACGAUACUGGCGAGCGAUGCGCAGAGUAAUGGAACCCCCAUCGUCUGUGUAUCGAUACAAUACAGGGUGAACAUCUUUUGUUUCGGCGACGAGGCAAGCGCAAAGAACCUCGCUGUCCUGGAUCAAGCCCUGGCUAUAGAAUGGGUCCAACAACAUAUCAUGGACUUUGGCGGUGAUCCGCUGGCGAAAAGCGCAGGCGCCGUCUGCUGCCACGUCCACAUGAUCAAUGAAGCUCCAGCCAAGCAAAUAAUCCCGUCUUCUGGCACAUUAAAUACAAUCAUGAGCGAAUUGCAAGGCCUAGGACAGUACCGUCUUCGUUCUGAUCCCUGCCAUGUGCUCCUUAAAGCCAUCAAUCAGACUGGAAUCAAAUCUAGCAAAGUUGGCAAUCCUGCGAAGCGGCUCCUUCUUAGAGAUGCUGUCAUCUGGCGAGAAGGCAUCUGGUCUACCGAUCCGGAGACUAUUGCAAAGGCCUUCAACCAAGCCGGACCGGAGGGCGAUGAGCUUAAGCUAGUUUAUAAGAUUGAUAAAGCUAGGUUAUUGUCGUGCAUCCUAGGCGCGCUAGACUUCAUCAACGACUACAGAUUCGUUCUUCCAAUAGAGCGGCUUGUCCAAGAAUGGCGCGCUGCACAGAGACUCGUGUACCACUGCCUCGUGAAUGAGCUAAAUCCUUGGCAGCCGAGUAAUGGGGCUCAUCAUGCUGUGGAUCUCAGCUUCCUGUCCGGUGGCCUUGAUCACUUGAUCGAUGGAGUUACGAAGCAUACUGGAAAGGAGAUGCGACGCAGAUGGAUCGUGUUCAUCCACAGGAAAUAUCCAUGGCGUUCAGAGUCAUAUGUGGCCUUUGGACCUCAUGGCACAUUUAAAGAGCUGAGUCAAGAUGAGUGUAACUCUCGCAGGAGACUAGCACAGAUAGGCUAUUUAGCCAAAGCAGACUCUGUCCAGCUAGACAAGGCCUUUGGUGCCUUAGCUGCUAGAAGGAUUAGUCUCUUAAAUUGA